CGGCGGGCCUUCGAUGCCAUCGCUCUCGGAACGGUCGCAUCGGCUUCAUUAAAACCAACGCGCGCCAGCUCAUCGUACGUCGUACGCCUCCGAGUAAUGUAACGUGCACGUAAACGUUAUCGGAUAUGCAAUAAACGUUCAGUUACCGAGACAGUGUCAUUGUCUUAUCAGUACAACGUUGAAAGUUCAAAGUUUAAUGACGAACCGUUGAUGAUUCUGGACCGCGGCAUGAUAAACCUUAGUGCCUCCUGUUUACCGCCGUUUUCAUUAGCGUUUAUGUAAUCGGUCACUCAGCCGACUAUUUGGUCUCAUCAUUACAACGUGUAAAUCAUUCACAAUUCUGUCGUCGCUGUCGUUCAGGCCAGGAAUCCGGCCGAACAUGCUCAACAACAUCAGUUUAAUAGGUCCGAAUAUUAUUGGCGGACACAAAGACUUCGAUAGUCUCAAACACAGAUCGCAAUUACAUCAUUUGCAAAGUGGCGGCGGUAGUGGACAUGAUAUUAGCGGCCAAGGAUUGGUUGGAGCUGAAGUCACUAACGGACAUUUGGGUAACGGGCCUUCGCCGUCUCAGAUGUCGUCGGCUGGUGCCGCCGGUCCGUUUCGACUGUCUUGUGGCGGGUUCGAUCUGUCGGCUGCGGCCACGGGUCACGGAUUGGCGGCUGCCGCGGCCGCAGCAGCAGCAGCAGUAACCAACGGACAUGGCAGUGACGACUCGGGUAAACCGAAUAAACAAAAGCGUCACCGGACGAGGUUCACGCCGGCGCAGCUCAACGAGUUGGAGAGGUGUUUUAGCAAGACUCACUAUCCGGACAUAUUCAUGCGAGAAGAGAUAGCUAUGCGUAUAGGCCUCACGGAGUCAAGGGUGCAGGUCUGGUUCCAAAAUAGACGAGCAAAAUGGAAAAAGCGAAAGAAAUCUACAAAUGUUUUUAGAACGCCCGGGGCGUUGUUGCCCUCGCAUGGAUUACCUCCCUUUGGUACCAUGGGUGAUGGCCUAUGUCCAACCUCUAUGUUUAGCUCUACUGACACAAGGUGGGGGGUAACAGGCAUGACAACAGGGCUCAGUCAGUUAACAAGCGGUGCGGUUACCAUGAGUGGAUAUAGCCAUCAAAACUCAUCGCUCAGUUCAACGCCAAUCACUACGAUGGCCACAAACACUCACAAUAUGUAUCAAGCUCAUUAUGGUCUUAAUUCAUUAGGUGAUUCGGAAAAGUGGCGAUUUUCUAAAGAACAGUUUAAACCUUUUACGACAGAUUCUCAAUUCUUUUAAAUACCGAACAAAUUCAUUCUCAAAACUUUAUUAGGUUGAUUCACCGUCCAUGGAUGAAAGGAAUGACUAACGUGCUUAUUCUCAAAUUCAAGAAUCUUUGAUUGUUGACAAUUUCUUAACUUUUACUGUUAAUUUUAAUUAAUUUUUUUAAUUUGUAUAGAACAAAACCAUAAUGUUGUAUUAUUUUUACUUGGGUUAUUUAAAGGGUCUAGUCUGGGAAAAUAAUUAUUAAUUGUAUAGUAAUCGAAUACUAUUUUAAAAAUAUUAUAGGCAUUAUACUAGAAAUAACUCAAAUUUUGAAGUUCAUUUUAAAUAAUAGCUUUCAACAGAAUUGUACUUUAAGGUGUGUUUAUCCACUAUAAACUAUGUUUAAUUCCAGUUAUAAAAAUCAAUUUAGAAUAAACUAAUGGGUUUAAAAUACAAAACAAUUCAUAAUCUAAGUACUUCAAUAUUGUGUAUUAUUGAUCAUAAUAUCUGAAGUUUAAUUCAUAUUUAUGAGGAAAUUCUUCAACAAAAUUUAAAAAUAAACUUAUUGAAUGCUAACAUGAUAGAUAUUAAAUAAAAUCAGAGUAAUUGGAUGAAAAUUGUAUAAAAUACAGCGGAAUUAACAAAGUACACUUCGUUAGUUCUAGUACACUAAAAUAUACCAUAGGCGCAAUUUUCAAAAAUAUUGUUGGAAAGACUAUUAUAUAUUAUUUUUCCUUUCCUAUUUUUUUUAUAAAAUUAUAUAUAAUUUUUUUUAAUUUUUAAAUUUUCAAGCUCUGUAAAUUUGAGUCUAUGAAUGCCACAAAAAAAUUAAGUUUUAUUAAUAUUUAAGACAUUUUUUUUCAGUUAAAUUACUACAUAAUUAUUUUAUGUGAUAAAAUGAGUAAUGUAUAUA